GUCAAUUAUAAGUGACCUCGAAAACCGCUCUGGUGGUUGACAGAGCCGGUACAUACGUUACUACUCAUAGCUGUAAUUACGGAAGUCUAGCCAUAAAAUUUCAGAUUCGUAAGUGAAAUAACAAGCGUUUGGUAACGUGACUCGUCGCCUCGCUCACCCGAUUGAGACCAGAAUUCUUGAGCUACGUAGCGGAUAGUUGUUUAUACUCAAGGGUGCAGUGGAUUGAAAUCUGAUUGUAGCAGAUAUCGUCUGCACAGCAAGUGUUUUUUCAAUUUCAUGUAGUGAUUGCGCUUGAAUUGUGCUCGGCGUCUACCCAAACCAUAUCGUUGACAAGGUGGUAACUGUAUCUAUAGUGCAAUCCAGAUGACAAGCUCUUGCAGCAGCUGGGUUCCAUUAGUAAGCUUCAGUAAGAAAAACGUCGAUGAUGACGAGAAUUCAGAGAUCACCAAACUAGUGUACGUGAAAAGAACAGAUGCUCGGAUCCAGACCGCCGAGGAUUGUGCAAGCCAUAAAGGUGAAACGAAGACCGGAGAUUCUUCUGUUGGUGACAAAAUCAUUGUGUGGCCACCGAUCGUGAUACUGGAGAACACUAGACUGGGAUGGGAUAAUGAUAAAAGGAAAUGGAAUGGAUUGGGUCACGAAGACAUUAGAAGGUUCGUGAGAAAAUUGAGCGACCAGAAAAGUACAUUCGUGAAAGUGAAAUGCUUGUUUGACGUUAAAGGUCAAAAGGGUUGCGCGCUUGUUAUCUUCGCCAAAUCCAACGAGGGCUAUCUGGAGGCUAAAGCUCUGGAUCGACUUUUGUCAAAGAUGUCGAAGGGCAGAAUGGAUUGGGCUAGAGUGAAACCCCUUCUUAAGAGCCAUAAGAAUCAUAUGAACACAGUUGCAGAAUGGAGCACUGACGACUUAGUCUCUCCGCGAGGGGAGAGAAUCCUGUAUGGCUAUCUCGCCACACCCGAAGACAUGGAAAGACUAGAUCGCCACAGGCGAAGUAUUAAAUGGUUUGCAGAAAGUUUUCACGAGAAACUUGCUUUUGCUCCGUCAUUUCAGCGCCAGCAUAAAUUUAUGAAGCUUCCCUAAUCUGCUCCCGGACAGACCUGUCCAGCAAUUCUGGGUAUUCAUCUCCGUAGACCAAAUCAGAACAUACACAAUUUUUCGGUAGGAGAAAUAGAAACGCACUCCUAAAUCAUCCAUAACUCAAACAUAGAAAAUGUUCAUAUCGAAAAUAUUUUAGCCUCAGAUCAUCGCUGAUGGUGGGCGCUAGAUUCCACCUUGAAACAUCAUACUUCGGACAUACCCGAAGGCGGAGGAAAUUCCGAAUUCUGAAUAAACUGAG